AUGAGCACAGAGGACUCUGGCAACGGGACCUCUCCCAUCCCAUCUCUCCCUGGGCUUCUGGUCCCACCCAGUGCCACACCCCCUGAGGUGACAGAUUGGCUGCCCAUCGUCGUCGGGCUCGUCUGCAUCUUCCUGGUCCUGGCCACCCUCCUCACCUUUGUCACCCUCUGCAAGCCAGCGGCGCUGGGCCGGUCCCUCUGCGGCCCCCACGAGUGCCUGCCCCACCACCCCGGGGAUGCCAGCGAGCCCCAGCUGAGGCUCUGGAAGCGUCUGGGCUCCCUCAGGUGCUCCAUCAGCAGCUUCAGGAGGAGCCAGCUGCUGUCCCCCACCCCCCUCGCCUGUCCCAGAAGCUUCUCCACCAGCCAGGACUGGGACACCGUGGAGUCCACCAAAAUGUGA